AUGCGCUCCUUCGCCAUCCUCUCCGCUGCCGGCCUCGCCGCCGCCCAGUUCACCUCCAUCGUCAUCACCGACGGCAUCACGGCCACCGUGACCCUCCCGGUCUUCCCUGAACCCACCGCCACCGCCGUCGUCACUGAGACGGUCCCCUUGACCACCGUCACUGCCUCUCCCUCCGCUUCCUCCGAGGCUUCCGCCUCCACGACCGUGGUCGUCCCGGAGGGCACCACCACCGUCUCUGAAGGCCUCACAACCGUGCCCGGAGGCAUCACCACCACCACCCAGGUCGUCGUCAGCGACCCUCCCGUCACCGUGACGACUCCCAUCGUCGUUCCCACCGGCACUGACCCCGUCGAGACUCUCCCUACUAUCACCGACUCUGCCAUUCCUUCCAUUACCGCCGUCAUUCCUCCCAUCAUCAACACUACUCUCUCAACCCUCACCCAAACUUACUUCACUUCAUCUCCCAACGCCACCACCACCGGCCCCGUCACCGUGCCUACUGCUGCCGCUGACAAGGUCCAGAGCUCUGCUGCUGGACUCAUUGCCUUUGGUAUUGCCAGCUUCUUCCUUCUGUAA